AUGCAGGAGUAUAUUGAUUUAGGCCAUAUGCAAUUGGUCCCUGAGGUCGAAAAGACAAAGGGAAAGUAUUAUAUCCCACAUCACUGUGUUGUUAAAUCGGAAAGUGUCUCUACUAAAAUUCGAGUGGUAUAUAAUGCGUCUCAGAAAAGUCCCAGGCUUGGUAAAUCGUUGAAUGAUUGUUUAUUAGUUGGUCCUAAGCUACAACUGAGAAGCUUUGAGGAGAUUCAGGAAUAUCGUUUGUUAACUGUCACUUUUGGAGUUGUAUCCUCGCCGUAUCUCGCUCUAAGAACCCUUCAACAAUUAGUGUUGGACGAAGGCUCUCGUUUUCCUAAAGCCGCCUCGCUCAUUUGUAAUGCUUCGUAUAUUGAUGAUUUUGUUUUCGGUGCUUCGACUCUCGAAGAAGCACAAACUUUAGUUGAAGAAUUAGUCGCUUUGUUGAAGUUAGGAGGCUUUGAGUUACAGAAAUGGUGUUCGAACGAACCCAAAUUGUUGUCGCAAUUUCCUGAAUCGCAUAUUAAUCCUCAUUCUAUUAAUUUUGAUCCAGAAUCAAAUGGUCCUUAUUUAAAAAUCCUUGGUUUGAAGUGGAUUGCACAGUCCGAUGUCUUUCAAUUUGCAGUCAAAUUGCAGGAUGUCCUUUGUACUAAAAGAUCGUUUUUAUCCGAAUUAGCUCGAAUUUAUAACCCGUGUGGUUAUCUAACACCUAUUACCUUUUUCAUCAAACAUUUAAUAAAAAGACUUUGGGCAACUGGUCUUGAAUGGGAUGAUCGUCCUCCCUCAGAAAUUAUUCGUGUGCCGCUACAAGCAGCGAACCUUCCGAGGCUAACUCAACUUGACUUCUUGAUGGCUCAAACUAGACUCCUUUGCUCGUCCCAAUUCAAGACAAGAUUCCUAAACCAAACGCCCCUUCCAAAAAUCGUUCGAUCUUCCCCAUCAACAAUUCAACGACCAAUUACAGACUUCAGACACUCAAUUAAUCAAAAUCUUGACCAAUAG